AUGGUAUCAUUGUUUCUUGCCAAACUUAUCCUUUCAACAUGUGCGGCUGAUUCAUUGUCAAGUAGCUCGCUUAUCGUCGACGAAGCACCGAACGAGCCUCGACCUUAUGUUCUCCUUAGGAACACCGGUUUGACUGUAGCCUUGGGUCAGGGUAUUCUACGAUACCAAGUGACCGGCAAUAUCUCAGAGCAGAGCUUUGCAAUGAUCACCCAGUCGGCUCCCCAGUCAAGCAUCCUGGCCGUUCUUCCUCACAUCCAUCGUCAAACCUACGAGAACUUUUUCGUUCAGAAAGGCCGAGUCCAGAUGUGGGCUUGGCAGAACGAGACAGGCGGCCAGGAAUUCUCGAGGGUCAUGACCGACGGUGACUAUGCCGUCAUCCCCCAUGAUACCCUUCAUACCUUUCAGUUCCUCGAACCCGAGACAGAACUCACUUUCAUUGUCCAACCUGGCGGUUUCGAGAGACUCUUCUUUGCUCUUUCCGACAGUGUCUUCUCCACCUCGACCCGUGCUUCGUUUGUUCCUGAGGAAAAUCUCAAUCCUCCUGGGGCAGGCAACGACCCGGAUAUUCUGAGCGAGCUCGAAGUCUACGACGUCUAUUUUCGGCCCGAAUACAGCCCAACUCAUAACGGAAACAAUGCUCUGGCCAAGGACUCGAGCAGCGCAGCUUUUGUCGCCAAAGACUGGUCGGAAAAGUACCUCAACACAGAGGAAGGCUGUUAUCAGAUCAUCCAGCCACUAGCUACACCGGUCCAAACAGACGGCAAUAUGACUAUGGGCACGCUCAUUCUGUCCCCAAGAUUUCCCAACGAAACGGUUCCGGUCUACAAUCUUAAUGCGCCGACAUCCCUCCUUGUCCGAGAAGGGCAGCUCACCUUAGACAUACAUCAGUAUGAGUCUUUGACGAUUCAUUCAGGAGAUUCUGCCUUCAUUCCGCCCAACGUUAGCUUCAGCUAUUACUCGAAGUCCGCCAUGACGAGGGUUAUGUAUGUAAGCGGGGGCGCCGCUGCCCUCGAUUCCGUCUUGCUACGUGACGCCAUUCCAUGGAACUAUACAACGUACCCCACCUAUGCUGGUUAUGGGAGGAUCGGACAUGGAAAUGAGACACUCGCUCGCUAG